AUGCUCCUACUAGUAGAGAUGGUCAGUGACCAGGUGAAAGGGACCGCAAUGCUUUGCACCUCGGUUUUUCUUUUCACGUAUUACACUAUUUGGGCAUUAUUGCUGCCGUUCUUCGACGAGUCAAGCCCAGUUCACGACAUGUUCCCGUCCCGUGAAUGGGCUGUUCGUAUACCUGCAUUCGUGCUCGUCACUGGUAUAUCAGCCAUUGCAAUCUUCAUAGGUUUGGUCAUUGUAAGUGAGCGGAAACCGAGGAGGGGUCAAUAG